GUAUACUAUUUCUUUACAUUUAAUCUGCACAGUGACCUUUUUUCUGUUUUGGCCUAUGAUAUGUUUGUUUCUAUGCAACUGUGGUGGGUACUUUCAUUUUUCCUCUGUUUCUCUCUCUCUCUUUGUUGAAUGAAUGAAUGAAAGAAAGGUGAAGGCAGUAAUAUUACUACUACCAGUACUAAUGACUAGCUCAAUAGCGGUUCCUAUCAAUGUCUUCUUGUCUCUCUCAUUUGUUUGCUUAUACAAGCGGCAAAGUUAACUAAUACUCACACCAAGGUCUCUCACCUUUAUUCUUCUCUUUCUCUCUCUUUCUUCAAUUUGAGAGCAAGGAAUUCCAAAAAAAGACUCUAUCUUGGAGGGUUUCUUUCUCCUCAGCACACUUUUCCAGCUCAGCUGUUGUGCCAUUGAAGCUUUGUGAUUUGGAUUUUAGUGGGAGUUUUUGUUUUCAGGAGCUGGCAUCAAACUUUAGUUGCUGAUCAAGCUGUUGUUUUUUUACCUUGGCUUGUGAUGUGGUGGAGUUGGUUCUUUUCAUAUUAAUUGUGUGUGUCCAUUUUUAGGUAAAGGGGUUGGCCUAAUUUGGUUGUUUCUUUUUACUUUAGUGGUUUCAUUCUUCAUAGAGUAGGUGAGGGAAGAAAAAAGCACAAGAAAUCUGUGUUUAAGGUGCUUGUGAUGGGUGUUUCUGUGAUCCCUAGGGAAACUAGAGGAUCAGUUGGAUUUUACAGGUGAAAAGGAGAGUAGAGAAGCCUUUUGUAGAAAAUGCCUGAAGGGGGCAGAAAAAGGAUACAUUUUAGCAGGCUUUAUUCUUUUUCUUGUUUGAAAUCUCCAUUCAGAGAUGGCCAUUCCCAAAUUGGGCAAAAAGGGUACUCAAGGGUUGUGUACUGCAAUGAUCCUGAUAACUUGGAAGCAGUUCAGUUGAAUUACGGUGGCAACUAUGUUUCUACCACCAAGUAUACAGCUUUUAAUUUUAUCCCCAAGUCUUUAUUUGAGCAGUUCAGAAGGGUUGCAAAUAUCUACUUUCUUAUUGUGGCUUGUGUCUCGUUUAGUCCAUUGGCACCUUUUACGCCUUUAAGUAUUGUUGCACCUUUGCUGGUUGUGAUUGGAGCUACUAUGGCCAAGGAAGCUGUGGAAGAUUGGAGAAGGAGAAAGCAGGAUAUAGAGGCAAACAACCGAAAGGUUCAGGUAUACAGUAGAGACUAUACAUUUGUGGAGACUAGAUGGAAGAAACUUCGCGUUGGUGAUAUCAUUAAAGUGUAUAAGGAUGAAUACUUUCCUGCUGAUCUUCUUCUGCUUUCAUCAAGCUAUGAGGAUGGGGUUUGCUAUGUUGAUACAAUGAAUCUUGAUGGAGAAACUAAUCUAAAGUUAAAGCAUGCCCUGGAGGCAACAGCUCAUCUUCACAAUGAAAAAUCUCUACAAAAGUUUAGGGCUAUGGUCAAAUGUGAGGAUCCUAAUGAAAAUCUGUACUCAUUUAUUGGAACUUUUCAGUACGAGGGUAAAGAACAUCCUCUUUCCUUGCAGCAGAUCCUUUUAAGAGAUUCUAAGCUGAAAAACACUGAAUAUAUCUAUGGUGUGGUUAUCUUUACCGGCCACGAUACAAAAGUGAUGCAGAAUUCUACUGAUCCUCCAUCCAAGAGAAGCAAAAUUGAGAGAAAAAUGGAUAAGAUUAUAUACAUCCUCUUCAGUUCCUUGAUUUUUAUAUCCUUCAUUGGCUCGGUCGUUUUUGGUAUUGAGACCAAAAGGGAUAUUAGUGGUGGCAAGUACAGGAGAUGGUAUCUUCAUCCAGAGAAUACAACAGUGUUUUAUGAUCCUAGAAGGGCAACACUUGCUUCUAUUCUCCAUUUUUUGACUGCCCUGAUGUUGUAUGGAUAUCUAAUUCCAAUUUCACUCUAUGUAUCCAUAGAACUUGUGAAAGUUCUGCAGGCUAUUUUCAUCAACCAAGAUCAGGAAAUGUAUUAUGAAGAAACAGAUAGGCCAGCUCGUGCACGCACAUCUAAUUUGAAUGAGGAACUUGGUCAGGUUGAUACAAUAUUGUCCGACAAGACUGGUACUUUGACAUGUAACUCUAUGGAAUUUGUCAAAAGUUCCAUAGGGGGCAUUCCAUAUGGUCGUGGGAUGACAGAAGUGGAGAAGGCACUUGCUAAGAGAGGGAGCAAAGGGGAAUCUGAAUUUGAUGGUGUAUCAUCUGAUUUCUUGGGCCAGAAUACUGAUGCUGUGGACUCUCAAAAGCCAGUUAAGGGAUUUAACUUCAGAGAUGAACGCAUAAUAAAUGGGCAAUGGGUUAAGGAACCUCAUCCUGAUAUCAUACAGAAAUUCUUUCGAGUGUUAGCUAUUUGUCAUACAGCUAUUCCAGAUGCUGAUGAAGAUUCAGGAGAAAUUUCCUACGAAGCCGAGUCACCAGAUGAAGCAGCAUUUGUCAUAGCUGCGAGGGAGCUUGGUUUUGAGUUUUUUGCAAGGACACAAACAAGGAUAUCAUUGCAUGAAUUAAAUUACGAAAGUGGAAAAAAGGUUGACAGAGGGUACCCGCUUCUGCAUGUCUUAGAGUUCAGUAGUGCCCGCAAAAGAAUGUCAGUGAUUGUGAGGAAUGAGGAAAAUCAAAUAUUGCUCCUAUGCAAGGGUGCAGACAGUGUUAUGUUUGAAAGGCUCUCGCAAUAUGGAAGACAGUUUGAGGCUGAAACCAAGGAUCAUAUCAAAAGGUAUUCGGAGGCAGGUUUAAGAACUCUUGUAAUUGCAUACCGUGAACUUGGUGAAGAAGAAUAUAAGCUGUGGGACAAGGAGUUCUCAAAGGCCAAAACUUCUGUAGCAGCAGACCGAGAUGCACUUGUAGAUGAAGCUGCAGAUAAGAUGGAAAGAGAUUUGAUACUUCUUGGUGCUACGGCAGUUGAGGAUAGACUGCAAAAGGGGGUACCUGAAUGUAUUGAAAAGCUUGCUCAAGCAGGAAUCAAGUUAUGGGUAUUGACUGGGGACAAGAUGGAAACUGCAGUUAACAUAGGGUAUGCAUGUAGUUUACUUAGACAAGACAUGAAAAAGAUAGUGAUCACUCUUGAUUCACCAGAUAUCCUGUCGUUGGAAAAACAAGGGGAUAAAGAUGCUCUAGUAAAGGCCUCUCUUGAAAGCAUUAAGAAGCAAAUUAGUGAGGGAAUCUCGCAAGUCAAGUCCGCAAAAGAAAGUUCUAAUACAGAUAAAGAAACUUCUGCAUUUGGCUUGAUAAUUGAUGGGAAGUCCUUGGAUUAUUCUCUUAACAAGAAUUUGGAGAAGUCCUUCUUUGAGUUGGCAGUUAGUUGUGCCUCUGUCAUAUGUUGCAGAUCUUCACCCAAACAGAAAGCUCGUGUAACAAGAUUGGUGAAAUUGGGAACAGGGAAGACAAUCCUAUCUAUCGGUGAUGGGGCAAAUGAUGUCGGCAUGCUUCAGGAAGCUCAUAUUGGAGUUGGUAUUAGUGGUGCUGAAGGGAUGCAGGCUGUAAUGGCAAGUGAUUUUGCAAUUGCUCAAUUCCGUUUUUUGGAGCGAUUGUUGCUGGUGCAUGGCCACUGGUGUUAUAGGCGAAUAUCAUUGAUGAUAUGUUACUUUUUCUAUAAAAACAUUGCAUUUGGAUUUACCCUAUUUUGGUUUGAGGCAUAUGCUUCUUUCUCUGGACAACCUGCGUACAAUGAUUGGUACAUGUCAUUUUACAAUGUCUUCUUCACUUCACUUCCAGUCAUCGCUCUAGGUGUUUUUGAUCAGGAUGUUUCUGCCAAACUUUGCCUGAAGUAUCCCUUUCUAUAUCUAGAGGGAGUAGAGGACACCCUCUUCAGCUGGCCCCGGAUCAUCGGGUGGAUGUUGAAUGGCGUUAUUAGCUCCUUAGCCAUCUUCUUCUUGACCACAAAUUCCAUCAUAAACCAGGCCUUCAGAAGAGAUGGUCAGGUGGUUGAUUUCGAAAUACUAGGUGUCACAAUGUAUUCUAUUGUGGUGUGGACAGUGAAUUGCCAAAUGGCACUUUCCAUCAACUACUUCACUUGGAUCCAGCAUUUUUUCAUAUGGGGAAGCAUUUUCUUCUGGUAUGUGUUCUUGUUGGUGUAUGGCUAUCUCUCUCCGGCCAUAUCCUCAACAGCAUACAUGGUUUUUGUGGAGGCUUGUGCUCCCAGUGCUGUGUACUGGCUAGCUACCGUUUUGGUUGUUGUGUGUGUGCUUCUACCCUAUUUCACUUAUAGAGCUUUCCAAAGUAGGUUUCUACCAAUGUACCAUGAUAUCAUACAGAGAAAACGAGUCGAAGGGUUUGAAGUUGAGAUAUCUGAUGAGUUGCCUACACAAGUUCAGGGAAAACUAAUGCAUAUGAGAGAAAGAUUGAAGCAAAGGGAACCAUGAAUUAAUGUACUAAAUGGUUAGUUUGGAACUCUGAGUUUGUGUUCGGUUUGUUGGUUAGUUUGGAAGUUGCAUUGGAGUAGUGAGCAUUACAAGCUUUCUUUUGUAAUUAGUUUAUUCUUUACUUUCACACUUUCGGAUUCCAGUUACAAAAAAUUAGUAGAGGCAGGAUUUGUAUAGCAGUCACCUGAUGUAGAUUAGUUAUGUAAGUAAAGCUUGUGUAAUUGUUGUACCAAAAAUAGCCAGUGUUAAUUAAAGAAGCAAUACUUAGUUUGCAAUA